AUAAAAUAGAAAGAAACAAGAAUAUUAAAAUGAUCCUCGGAUUGGGUGUACUGCCCAUAGUAUGAUAGUAUCAGCACAGUAUCAGGGAGGUUCUGGUUGAACAUAUGACAAAUAUCCGUCUGUACUCGUAUCAUAUUGAUCAAGAACAUAAUCAAGUGGAUUCAGAUUCUGAAGUGGAAGAGGUUGAACCACGACUAAAAUAUGCACGAAUCAAAAAUGAUCUCAUGAACAUACUACAGACGGAUGCUGCCAGUUGCAUCGCCGUUCAUCCAAAAUUUCUAUGUUUGGGUUCCCACUGGGGUAUGAUUCACCUUCUGGAUCAUCAGGGUAACAGUAUACCUUCUAAAACAUUAAAGGCUCAUGCUGUGGCGGUUAAUCAAAUAUCAAUUGACCAGAAUGGAGAUUUUAUUGGGUCCUGUAGCGACGAUGGAAAAGUUUUUAUUUAUGGUCUAUACAGUACAGAAAACAACCACAUUAUGAAUAUGGGGCGACUGGUCAAAAGUGUAGCACUAGAUCCCUGUUACUGGAAAAGUGGUAGUGGGCGAAGAUUUGUAACUGGAGACAGCAAAUUAAUAUUAUAUGAAAAAACGUUUUUAUCGCCGCUAAAACCCACAAUAUUAGGCGAAGCUGAGGGCGGUGUACGAUCCAUAUCUUGGGCUGGCCAAUUCGUGGCAUGGGCAUCAGACACCGGAGUUAGAAUAUUUGAUGUAAAUGCUGAAUGUUCGUUAGGACUAAUAAAAUGGAGUCGAUCGUCGGAAGCAUUACCUGAGCAUUAUAGAUGUAAUCUGAAAUGGUCCGAUAAUAGAACACUAUUAAUUGGUUGGGUAGAUACCGUCCGUAUAUGUCAGAUACGUAAACGAUCUUUACAGGAGACAACACAGCGAAAUUUGCUUGAAUAUGCAGUUGAUCCAAUUUCUACAUUUCAAGUAGAAUUUUACAUCUCUGGAAUCGCACCAUUGGGGAAUCAGUUGGUGUUACUCGGGUGUUCAAAAGAACCGGAUGACAACGGUCAAGGACAGCGUCCAAUGUUACACGUUGUCGAACCAAAGUAUCAGGAAUACACAGCCAUUUGUGCCACUUCUUUGUCAUUACGUGGCUAUAAGGAAUGGAGCUGUAACGAUUAUCAUUUGGAUUGUCUGAUAGAUGAAAAUAGGUAUUUUAUCGUCAGCCCAAAAGACGUCGUCGUUGCCAGUCUUUACGAUGCCGAUGAUAGAAUCGAAUGGCUAUUGACUCACGGGAAAUUUGAGCAAGCUUUGGAAACGGUAACGGCAAACGGAGGGAAAGAUUGUAAAAAGCACUCGUUAAUAUACGUGGGGCGCGUUUAUCUUGAUCAUUUAUUAGCCCAUGGAAAGUAUGACCAAGCUGGAAAACUGUGCCUAAAAAUUUUCGGACGUGAUAAAACACUGUGGGAAGUAGAAGUUUUUAAGUUCGCUAGAGUUCAUCAGCUGCGUUCAAUUUCCUCUUACCUGCCAAGAGGAGAUGUAGUGCUUGAUCCAACGAUUUACGAAAUGGUCUUAUAUGAAUAUUUGAAGAUGGAUCCUAAGGGUUUUCUUCAAUUGAUCAAAGAGUGGUCGCCAAGUCUGUACAAGGUUGCAGCGGUGAUAAACGGGGUCCGAGAACACCUGCUCACGCACGAUCAUUGUCAAAAUGACCUGUUAGAGGCUCUGGCUAUUUUAUAUACUCACGAUUAUAAAUAUGACAAGGCCCUGGCGAUGUACUUGAAGCUGAAGCACAAAGAUGUUUUUCAACUCAUAAAAAAACAUAAGCUAUACAGUUCGGUAUACGACAUGAUCGAAGACCUGAUGGAUUUGGACAUGGAGAGGGCGGUGCCAUUUUUUUUAGAAAAAAACGAACAAAAAACGCUCUUUAGAGUUCCAUCAGACAAUGUUGUUGAAAAACUAAAGCACAAUCAUUGGUAUCUGUAUAUGUAUUUGGAUGCUCUAGAUGAAAAGGAUACCAAAGAAUCGGGAAAAUAUCAUGGUUUAUUGGUUCGCUUAUACGCUGACUGUUCCCGGGAUAAAUUGCUACCUCUAUUGAAAAGAUCAGAUAAUUACCCGAUAGAACAAGCCUUGAGUAUCUGCAGAGAAAAAAAGUUUUAUCCAGAGAUGGUGUAUCUCUUGGGUAAAAUUGGGAAUACUUCGGAAGCUCUUGCGCUGAUGACGCGGGAGUUGAAUGACAUGGAAAGCGCAAUUGAAUUUUGCCGGGAGCAAGAUGAUGACGAACUAUGGAACGACUUGGUGAAUGAUUCGUUAGACAAACCAGAGGCGAUUACCUUUCUGCUGGAGAGAAUCGGGACCUGUAUGGAUCCACGAUUGAUAAUUCAGCGAAUCAAACCAAAUUUAGAAAUCCCUGGUCUGAAAAAAGCUUUGAUUAAAAUGAUGUGUGAUUAUAAUCUCCAACUUUCUGUACAAGAAGGAUGUAAAAAAAUUUUAUCUAACGAUUACUUCAAUCUUCUUGAAAAACUCGUUCGAUCACACCAAAAAGGGAUAUGUACAGAUGAUGAACAAAUGUGUUGUUCCUGUCACAGAAAAAUAAUCAUAAGGGAUCCGAAAAGUCUAGUCUUGUUCCAUUGCAGACACUCGUUUCACGAAGAUUGUUUACCAAUUUUACCAAACUUAGGCAUAGUGGACAAAUGUGUAAUUUGUAAUCCUCAGGAGGGCGAUUCCAUAGACAGAAAAUUCUGACGACUACUGUAACAUCGAUAAAAUCUUUCAAACGAUAUAAUUUACUUUCAAUGCCAUACACAUCACUUUUAUAUUGUAUUAUGGAUAUUUUUUUCCGCACAUUACAAGCGCGUACAAAUUAAGGAGCUGUAGAAAUACAAUUCGGUUUUAUAGCGCUGAUACCCUUAGUGUAUAUGUAUGUACGUACGUACUAUCAUGUGUUACAAUAUAUAAAUUCAAUAUUC